AUGCAACUGGUUGACAUACACAAUGGCGCUAAUUGGCUGUUGCCAUCUGCGAGGACAGAAAGACAGCUACAAUUAGUGAUGUUCGUGACCACUAUACCAACUUAUGUAGCCUUGGACGCUCCCAGUUGGUCGGUUGGGAAUGUGAGACAGAAAACCUUUAUCUCAAAUAAAUUUUGGAAUGCAAUAAGGCAUGUGUACCCGCCAGUCUCUUGGUACGCUUUGGUGUGGCACAUGGCUUCUAUCCCGAGAAAUGCUACAACCACGUGGCUUUUUGUUCUCAACAGAAACCCAACUCUCGAUCGUAUUCAGCAAUGGUACGAGGAUGCUCUUACAACUUGUCUCUUUUGCGGGUUAGCUAACGAGUCUCGGGAUCAUCUGUUUUUUGAGUGUCUCUUCGCUCAUGAGGUGUGGUUAAAGAUCAAUGAUAGACUGAAUAUUCCUAAUCCUCCAGCUGUGUGGUCAGACAUUCUUCUCUGGCUCCAAGUUCUGUUGGAAUUCAUAUGGGUUUAUAACAAUUUAUAA